AUCUACAAUAGCAGUGGAUUGCGAUUGCUGGACGUUUAUGGUAAAAAUUUCACUCCUACUGCCUUACUGAAAAUUCAGCUUUGCACAUUUGGCCAUAAAACAGCAUUUUUGCAGACGCUUUGCUCGUUGACGUGCGCCUAUUUUGCAGCCGGCCGCAUAAAGGAAACAAGGGGCAUCUUAAACGAGAUUAAGCGCAAUUGGCCGAAAUACAAAAAAGGAUUGGAAAACAAGGCAACACCGGUUGUCACACAGAUGAACGAAGAGACGCUGGCUGGCUACUUCGAUGCGCUUGGUAUCACUCACUCAAUCCGUGCUCCCAGUCCUGGUGUUCGAAAAGAAGACCUGAUAUACAAGAAUAUCACGGAAGAAACGUUGGAAGUGCUGGACGAUUGUUCGAUGGUAUCACGCUGGGAAUGUCAUCGUAUUGCCACCACAUCGGCAGCCGCAUUGGCGGAUGAUAUUUUGGCGAAAAACCUUAUUUCGGAAUGUUGCGCCGGCAUUCCAGCCUCUCCCGAUGCAUUGUCGAAACUGAUGGCAGAUGAUUCUGCGCUUCCUCGUUUUGUAAAAAUUAAGCGCAAUUGGCCAAGAUACAAAAAAGGGUUAGAAAACAAAGCAACACCCAUCGUCACACAGGUGAACGAAAAAACACUGGCUGGCUACUUCGAUGCGCUUGGUAUCAGUCACCCAGUCCGUGCUCCCAGUCCUCAUGUUCGCAAAGAAGACCUGAUAUACAAGAAUAUUACGGAAGAAACAUUGGAAGUGUUGGACGAUUGUUCGAUGGUGUCACGCUGGGAAUGUCAUCGUAUUGCCACCACAUCGGCAGCCGCAUUGGCGGAUGAUGUUUUGGCAAAAAACCUUAUUUCGGAAUGUUGCGCCGGCAUUCCAGCCUCUCCCGGUGCAUUGUCAAAACUGAUGGCAGAUGAAUCCGCGCUUCCUCGUUUUGUAAAAAUCUGCUCACAUUUUGUGAAAAAAGGAACCAACAAGGAGGUAGUGAGGGAAGUGAUGCAGUUCUUCUGCACUAAAAUGCCGAAAUUCGCCGAAGAAUUGAGAAAAGCUUGUCCCGAUAUCGGCGAAGAAUAUUUCGGGAAGUGGGAAGAGAUCCCUGAAAAUGAGGUCGUUGCGGUACCAAGUCCAUCUGAAAUCAACGGUAAUUUGCCAGCAGAUUCUUUUGUGCAAUUCUUAACUUGCAUUUUAUAUCAUAAGGCAUUAUAG